AUGAAGCCGUUAACCUUCCUCCUCAUCCAAGCUUGCGGCCUCGUGUCUGCCCAAGUUGUGUCUCCGUACCCGGUAUCAGACUGCGGCGGUGGUAUAGCUGGCACGGAGCUUCAAUGCCCCGAUCAGCCUGGCUGCUGCUCCGGCGGGGCGAUGUGCUGCGCCGGAGGCUGUUGUCCACUGUCUGCCGUUUGCGUAAAUAGCGGCACAUCUAAUGAGCAAUGCUGCGACCUUUCGGAUAAAUCGCUCUGUGGAGCAGCUGUUACUGACUCGGUAAGAUUCCUAUCUCGCAUUCGGAUAUUCUACAUCCGAAGAGUCCCCGUUGUCUGCACAAGGAUUAAUAUCUAUUACUUCCAGUCUCCUGCGUGCCCAACUGCCGCCGGCAUCCACCCAUCAAAGCUCUGCGUCGGGGUUGACAGUGAUUGGUACUGUCCCUGGGAUGCUGUAUGCAAUAACGCGGGCGGCGGCUGCAUCGGUGGAAGAGCCAAGAGAGACAAUUGCGAUGAACAGGCAACGGAGACUGCAGCAGAAACAGCACAAGAGACUGCAGCUGAGACGGAGUCGGAUUCUUUCACGGAUGAUUUCGCGACCACGACCGAGUCCUCGGCUCUCAGUACUGUGGUGGAUACGUCGGCCUCUCAUUCAAAGACCAAGAGCUCGCUUGCUGUACCUGCGAAUAACUUGCCAAUUGUAUUGCUCGCCGCCGCUUUUGUUCUUGUGGCAUAUUAG